AUGCGCCUUUUUUCGUUUGGGACAGCGAAAUCUGGUUUCCGAUGUAGUACGCCAAUAUGCUGUUCAAGACGACUUUUGACAACUUCCAAGCUCAUGUACCAGAGGGAAGCCACUACAGCGACUGCAAAUGUGAUUAGCACCAGAGGUAAGAAGUUGAAACCGCAAAAAGCACAGAUUGUAAUUCUGGGACCCCGGGAAGCGGGUCUUGUGAGAAAACGUAAAAAAACUCCUGCAUAUUUCCAACGCACAGAGGGCUCAAGAUCUCGAGAACGUCUCAGCGCGCUACAAGGCGUGGAAUUCGAUGAAAGUAGGCUGCAGCGGAGGAAUUCGGGAUCUUCAGAUGCGUCGCCGGCGGACGUGCUGCAGGAAAUCGAAUCCCAGCGUUUGAAACUGCUGGUUUUCAAAAAUAAUGUGCCCAAAGAACAGGUCAUUAAAUCGAUCCACGACCUGAAGCCGGGAUCCAACUCACAAGUCAUGUCCGAAAAACGCUACAAACAGCUGAAAUCGCUGCUGGAAGUUGCAUACACGCUCCCUCAGCUGAAAGAAUACGCAAAGCAAUAUCAUCAAUUGUCCAUGGCGAAGUCUACGACCAAGAAGGCAAUCAUCUCGAUUGUACUCAAUCAACUUUGGCGGUGCCAAAUCAGCGAGUCAAAAAGUGAGAGUGAGGACCUCAUAGUGGAGCGGAUCGUCGACGUACAAACGAGAGAUAUCUAUCUGUUGCUGUUGACCAACAAUGGUAAGAUUCUUCAAAAUUUCGCGCGUCUUGGAGCGACCGUGGCAGUGGCUCUAGGUGAAAACAAGAUCAUUGUUCGGGCCACUAAAGCGCUGGUCAAGUACGUUGAAGUCUCGUUGCGGAAAAUUCUCGAUAAUGUGCAGCGCGAAAUCAUAUCUGUAGACGAUUUGAUACAAGAUCACAGCUAUUCAAGCAAAGAAGUAAUUUCUCCAAGCGCACUCGUAAGCCUUGUGCAGAAAGAGAGUGCAACAUUUUUCGAAGAGUUGCCCGACGAAAAUCCUAGUACUUACGCUAUCACAAGUUUCGGUACCAAGCGCAUAAGACGUGCGAAAAACCUACUUUUAUGGGCAUUGGACUAUAAUCCGCAAGUGUCGGAGACUGUGAAGUUUGUCGGCGAGCAGGACCGCUCUCACUACAUGGCUUUCCCGUUCACAGAGAUCGACGGAUUGGAUUGGAUACGAAGAAAAAGCGAUUGGUUUCGCCUACAGAAACUCAUCAAGAAAGGAUUAUCUCCGAUUGUGGAGAGUGCUUUGGGCUCCUCGGUGCUCACCGAAAACAAAAUAGACGAGCUGUUCAAAGAUAUGACUGAAAGAACGACGACCAAUGGUGUCCCAGAGUUGAAAGAUGCUGCGGCCACUCCGGGGGUAAAAACGUGGAGCGUUACUUUGGGCCAUAUUUUGACCAACGAAUCACAAACAUCCACUAUUUUCCAGUCGAAAGUGGGUGGAAUUGUUCCAAAGCUGAUGCAGCUACCACUUUACGAUGGUUUGGCCACACAGGACGAAUUAUACACUGUUGAUCAACACGAGUAUUACGUUCAAAUGAAGCUAAUCCCCAAGAUCGACAGCUCGGUGCAUGCUCGAAACAUUCCGCCAUUGGAACUGUGGUUCGAGCUCGACGACAACGAUAAAGCUAUUAACAGUUCGUUACGGUGCCUCUUGCACACUGAGGAGAGAAAUCUGCUUUUGGAGACGCCCCAUUUAUCGCAUGAUAUGAAAGUUACAAUGGAUCGCACUGUAGAAGUGACCAGACCGUAUGACGAAGCUCCGCACAGCUGGCUCGAAGAGCAACCUGGGUUGAAAGAAUUUCUCCUGCGGGCUCGUCUCACGUUCCAAGAGGGCGAAAAGCUGUCGGUACCCAAGCAGCUGACAUUCAACCUGCAUUUCAAAGACCGUGACGCACCUGAGCCCGUUGUUUUCGAAUACGUGAAUGUCAGAUAUCAUCGCAUUUUGAAAUUGAGACUUGACGACGAAUACCUGGUGCAGUUUUCGGACAUCAACGGUGGGUCUCGCGGGGGCCGGUUUAAACAAGUGGAUUUCGUCAAGCCUGAUGGCGGAGAAAUCACUCGCCAAGAGUUUGGACAACUAAUCUCCCGAGUGGCGGACUUUAUGGUUCAACCUGUAGAUAAACAUAACGCAUAA